ACUCCGAGAUUAUCAACAGGAAGUGAGUCUAGUUCACCGAUGAAUAAUAAAUUCCAGAAAUUUUAUGUGAUUUCUUCGUAAAUGUCUGAGGUGGUAGAGAGAAACAGAGGGCCAGCCAAAAUGUAAACAAUUAAUACGACUGUCAUGAAAAUGAGGAUGUUAGCUGAAGGGAAGCCAAGGUACUUCCAUACUGUCUAUACACACUAGCUACAACCUAGCAUUAAACACCAUCUGUAAAACCUGUCUUACUCCCUGCCCUUAAAACAUGGUUGACCGUAUACCACAUGGUCCUUCACGUAUACCUGUCCCAAAAUCUAUAUCCUCCCCUAAAGUGAUGCGUAAUGGAAAAUGUGGGGCAGAUGUGGUUGUCCCGAUUAUACAAGGGGAAGAUUGCAGUGAAGAGUCCAAUGGUUGUGAAAAUGGUGUCAAACUAGACAAAAAAGUUGUAAGUCAGUCCCCAAAGUCUCUAUCAAAAGUGCCAAAAGCUACAGCCCCCAAAGAACUUCUUAUAGAUAAGGGUAAACUUAAGAAUCCUCCUGAAAAAGGUUUUGAGGCAUUUCUUAUGACAGGUGAUAUGAUAAUCAAGAAAAAUCCAUCAUUAAAACUACGGAAACUGGAUGGUACAGGGCUAGAAAGACACCACUCUGAUAGUUCUCCAUAUGAUUUAAAUGCAGAGAAAAAGGCUUUCAAAAGGUCUGCUUCUUCUCCUGAUCAAUCAACAUUUACUGGUGCUACAGUCAUUACAAAUGAUAAUGUUACCAUGGAUAAUAUAUCUAAAGCAUUAGAAGAUGAUGACGAAAAUUCUAUGAACCGUAAAGAAUCUGCUGAAUCUGGUUUUGAGGAGCAGGUCAUUCAUUCAGACUCUGGCACAUUAGAAAAACCAGAAAAACUUCCAAAUGACCCUAAUAGUGUUUCUGAUUUGUCAGAAGUGGAUUCUGAUGAUUUACUUGGGAAUGGAAAUAUGGUAGGGUCUCAGACUUCUGCUAUGUAUAAUGUAUCAACUGUUUCAACACCUUCUGAUCUAAGAUCAGAAACUUCUGUGAGUACUGUGUUACAACAAGAAGUGGAACCUCUCCUGAAAGAAGAUAGUUCUAGUUCUAGUAGCAUUGAUAUCUCUUCAACAGAGAGUUUUUCAGGGGAGCUAACCCCAGAACUCAUUUAUGAGAGAAGUUUAUCAGAUUCUGGUGGAAUGUCACCUGUUUAUCAGCAUGAUGUUAAAAGUUUGAUUACAUGCAAGAGUGCUGAAAAAAUUCUUAUUCAAAAACAAAUGAGACAAAUAGGUCAAGACUGUCAAGGUGUACGGGCGAGUAAAAGUCAAGAACAAUGUGUAGGUGAAGAUUUUACAUUUGUAAGUAUUGAUAUUGACGAUACUGCAUAUUCAUUAGAUCAAAUACCAUUAUCAGCUGAGAAAACCCCUACUAGAGAUGAAUUUGAUAGACCAGUCAAAUUUGAAAUAGAAUCUCCAUCUAGAAACAAAACUGAAAGAGAUCCUGACCCAAAUGAUGACAGGAUAUUUAUGCCUGCUUUUGUAAAACUUGAUAAAUCUGUACAUGAGAACUCUGAAUAUUCUAGUGAAGAAGAUUCGCGGGAUGAAUGUAGUGAUAUGUUUGAUUCAGAUAUUGAAAAACUGGAAAGCAAUGAUAGCAUAAGUGAUAGUGUACAUGAUAAGCAUGCUCAAGAAGUAACUCAGGAGUUUGAUGAAGUCCCUGAUAAUGGUGCUCAGACAACUGAUAAUAAAUUACAUUUGGAUAGUAUAGGUGAUGUAGAUAACUUUGAUGGAAUUGGAGAAGUUAUAAACCAGGAUGAUUUGUUUGUACUACCACCAGCCAAAAGUGUGGAUCAGCCAUCGGCAAUGAGACUUGCAAAGCGUCUGUAUAAUCUAGAUGGCUUUCGGAAAUCAGAUGUGUCCCGGCACCUUAGUAAAAAGAAUGACUUUAGUAUAUUAGUGGCUGAAGAAUACCUCAAGUUCUUUGACUUUAGUGGUGAUACGCUAGAUGUGGCCUUACGCAAGUUUCUCAAGCAGUUUUCCCUCAUCGGGGAGACACAGGAGAGGGAAAGGAUUCUCGCCCACUUCUCACGGCACUAUAUCCAGACCAAUCCUGGAACAUAUAACUCUGAAGAUGCUUGUCAUACACUGGUUUGUGCAAUCAUGUUACUCAACACUGAUUUACAUGGCCAGGCUGUUGGCAGAAAAAUGACAUGUAAUGAGUUUAUAGAGAAUCUCGCAGAGUUAAAUGAUGGGGAAAACUUCCCAAAGGAAGUCCUAAAGGCACUCUAUCAUGCUAUAAAAGCUGAACCCAUUGAAUGGGCACCUGAUGAUGAGUUUCAAGAUAACGGUCCUACAGUGGGUGAUGAUCAGAGACCAAUACAGCCUCAACCAACUCCUAGUCUUCCAAACCUUCCACCUGUAGUGGGCAGGAACCCAUUUCUUGAUGUUCCUGAUCCCAGCCAAACAACAGAGUAUAAGAAAGGUUAUAUCAUGAGGAAAUGUUGUGUAGAUCCUGAUGGCAGGAAAACUGCUGUUGGAAAGAGAAGUUGGAAGAUGUAUUAUGUUGUACUAAGAGACAUGAUUUUAUACCUUUAUAAAGAUGAACAGGCAUUGAAGAAAUCUACGAACACUAGCUCUCAUAAUGCAGUUCGUGUCCACCAUUGUUUAGCCUCAAAGGCCUCUGACUAUACCAAAAAGCAACAUGUGUUCCGUUUACAGACUGCCGACUGGGCAGAAUAUUUAUUUCAAACUUCAAACACUAAAGAGUGCCAAGAAUGGAUAGAUACGUUAAAUUAUGUAGCGGCAAUCUUAUCGGCGCCACCAUUACCAGGUGCCGUUGGUUCUCAGAAGAAGUUUCAGCGACCUCUUUUACCAGCCUCAUAUACUCGCUUAAAUCUGCAAGAUCAGUUACGAAGUAUAGAGGAGAGAUUGGAACAGACAGAACUAGAUUUACAAGAACACAGAAAAUUUCCGCCAGAGAAAGGAUCAAAGUCUAGUGUAAUACAGCAUUUCCUGGAGAAAGAGAAUUAUCACAUAUAUGAGAUUGGACGCUUGAAAACAUACGUUUACCUGCUGCAAUCUCGGCUUACUUCACACCCAGAGCUUGAACCCUCUCUGGUAGAGACAGCUAUUGGUGAAGAUGAAGAAGGAAUCAAGGGAGUUAAUCCAGCCAUUCACUCAUUUACCUCCCCUGGUCAGAAAAAGACAGGAGUGGUGCAGCACAGCAUUUCAGAUAGCAAUUCUAAGGUUACAAUAUAAGCUGUGAAUAUGGUAUUGCUAAGAUAUAUAGUGAAGCUGGAACUGUUAUAAUUUCUCCAAGUCUUAUAUACAAUGUUGUAGUCGCUUUUGAUAUCUCGGCAAAUUGUUGACAGUUUAAAAUUGAACUUACCUUUAUAUUGUCCUUAAGACAAUCAUUGUUGUUAGAAAAUUAUUUUUGUAGGCAGAAUAUUUCAUAGGGCACAUUCUGUUCAAGAGUUUAAAACAUUAAUUGAUAUACAGUUGAAACUUUUAUUUGAUAUGGUAUGUUAUAUUUAAGCAUGUUGGAGAAAUGUAAGACUUCCAGCAAACCUUUUUCCCAAACUUCAAUUUUACUGUUUGACUUGUUUGUCUGAUUAACAUAUAAAAGUAAAGACACUGGAUUUCUUUAUUCAAGAUUUUUACACUGCAUUUAUUUAUAGUACAUAAUAUACAUGUAUACUAAAAUGCCAUAUUAGUUUAAAAUUAAUUACUUUCUGAAGAAAAUUCUGUAAAACAUUUUACACAUGUACUUUGUUAAAGAAAAUUAUGCAGUUUAAGUUAAAAGUACAUGUAUGUAAACUUUUCUGUAAUAAUGAAUGUAAUGAUUUCAUUUUCUAUUUAAGUGAAUGAUCUUAGGAGUGUAAGCUUGAUAGUUCCAUUGCAAAUGCAAUGGCCAAUAGAUGACCCUUAGUGAUUGUUUCCCAAGACAUCUUGUUCUUUAAAACUUCAAUAAAAAUAUCCAUAAAAUUGUCUCCAGCAAUGAGUCACAGAUACAAUAUUAAUUUUUCUUUAUUCACUGAUAUAUAACAUUCUAGAUGAUAUAUUUGAUAUAAUACUGGACUCUGUACUAACAGGUCACCUCACAGGAUUGAGUGUUACCCUACAUUUGACACAUUGAGUACAUUAGUGUGACCAAUGAACAACGUUGUUACAUUUAAAGUGGUAAGAUUUGUAACCUCUGCUGUGAUUGGAUGUCCUUUAUACAAUUUUCUGGUUAUUCCAUGUGUGGAUUUCAAAACUUAUUGGUACUAUAGGAAAGUAUUUGGGUGUCAAUAAAUCAAAUAAAAUUUAAACAUUUUUCAAUAGAAAGAAAAAUCUUGUUCAUGUUUAUUAACUAUUUCUGUUAUAAUUUAUUUGAUUGAUUAUUUUCUCUUGAACCCAAAUACUUGUAUAGUAAGCAUUUUGACAAAAGCAUGUUUAUAAGUUAUUUUUUUGCAGUGUGAGUUUACAGAUCUUUACCUGUCAAAUCUUAUGUUUUUAUCAUUGCAUGUGUUUAAAGAAUGUCAAAAAUGUUAUUAAAAAAUUUUCAUUGUUUUAGCCUUUUUUAUAAAUAAAGAAUAUGAAUUUUAUAUUCAGUUAAAAUCUGCAGUUUUCUUGAAGGCUUGUGCAUUCAAUUUGUAAAGUGUUGAUUAUGAUUUGAAUUUGACAAUUGAAUUGAGAAUUCAGUAGAAAGUUCCCUAUGGCUUCCAUUGUUUGAAGGAACUUUGUUUAACAAUCGGCAUAUUUAAGAAAUUUGUCUUUUCAGGGAAAUUUUCAUUGAUAACCUGUUGAAAAAAGUGUUAAAUUUCUGUAUUUGUUAUAUAGGUAAUGAAUGUAAACUAGAAUAAAUAUAUUAAACAGUGUUAUUAUUUAUACAUAGUGCAAGAUAUAGAAAUUAUCUUUAUUUUAAUGUUGUUAUUAAGUUAACCAUGUAUAUGUUGUUUAUUAUUUUUAUACACAGUAAAUAAUUUAAACGGUUUGUGAACCAAAGAUUUGUUUGUAUUUAUAUUGAUUUGUAAAUAGGGUACACAAGAUAUCAUUAGCCAAGAUUUGUCUCGGAAUUUGCUUCAUGUUUGUUUUGUCAUAUUGAAGGAGCAAUGUGCAGCACUAAGAGUCACUUUAUAGGUUUACAAGUAUUUGCUUCCAUCAGUUUGUAGCUAAUAAAUAUCUAUUUUCUGAUCUUAACUAUGAUAUAAAAAGUUUAUAAAUAACAAUCAUGCGAUUGGUUAAUUUCAAGGUUGAGUUUGAAAUUGACCAAUGACAAAGAUGCAUUUAAAAAAUUGACAUUAAAACCUUGUUUAAAAUUUUAUGUUUUUAUUGUAGCUUGCUGAUUUAUUUAUUACCACAUGUGCUGUCAAUUAAAGGAAUUUAUUAAGUACAUGUAUUUCACUAAAUAAGAUGUCUGUUAUAUAGACUUUUUGAUAUAUUUAUUAUAAAACUGGAAUAUUAACUUCUUAUUUGAAGUUGCAUUUAACAUACAUGAUAUACAGUACAUGUAUAUAAGUGAUAUCAUGUUUGUUGAAAUCCCAUAUAUUUAUCAUACUAGCACUUGAGCUUCUAUAUCAAACUGUAUGUGCUGACUGAUAUUUUUUCUAAUGAAAAGUAAUUAUGAUUUUUCCUAUGUUCAGUAAUAUACCAUUGUGAAUGAAUUUUUGUUGCUUUAAUGAUAGGUUAGUGCAGUUAAACAAGAAUAUAUAGGGUUUAUUUUAAUGGUAAUUCUAUUAUUCAUUAGGUAUAUGGACACCUGUCUCGUUAUUAAGUUAGCAAGAGGAAAAAUUGGAGUGUUGAUGCAUUUAUUCAAUUGUUGGCUAGAAAUAUAUUUUGGAGAAAUCUUAAGUGAGACUUAAUAUAUUAAAUAGUUUUUAAUUGCUAAAAUGGCUGUAGCCUCGCAACAGGAAGGUCAGACUAUGUUUGAAUAUGAGAUUUUUUUUAAGCAUCUUGUUCAAUUUAUUUGCUUGCUUAUUUUGAUGAUAAUUCACUAUGCUAUGUUAAUUUUGUUAAAAUCUUUUUCUUGUCUCUGACACAGACGUGUAUUGUUCCUUUUGCAAUGUAACACUCAUUUUACUGAAAGUUUAAUAUUUAUCAGCCGUUAAAUUUGUAAUAUUUUCUUCGGAUCUCGUCUUUCACUUACUGACAUUUUAACAGGUUGUCUCAUAUUUCCUUUAAAUUGCAGUCUAAACAUAUGAGCCGCGCCAUGACAAAACCAACAUAGUUCGUUUGCGACCAGCAUGGAUCCAGACC